UCCAUGUAUGGGAUCAUACUGCCAUACUUAGCUGUGCUGCACUGGAGCCAUGCUGCGGGUCUUUAUUUUGUGUGCAGAGCGCCUGCAGACGCCGGACGACGACAUCAGCGACUCCUACUGCACCGUCACCUAUGAAGGCUCCAAGAAGAAGACAAAGGUCAUUAAAAACAACCCCAACCCUGUUUGGAAUGAGGGUUUCGAGUGGGACUUGAAGGGGAUUCCCUUGGACUCCGGAGCCGAGAUACACUGCGUCGUCAAAGAUCAUGAGAAAAUGGGCAGAAACAGGUUUCUGGGGGAGUGUCGUCUGGCUCUCAGAGACGUCAUCAACUCUCCCAGCCUGUCCGCCACCUUCACCGUCUCGCUGCUGGACACCAAGAGAAACAACACCGGGGCCACUCUGUCCCUGCAGAUCUCUUACCUCCCUCCACCAGGAUCGGCGCCGGUCUUCCAGCCUCCACCCCAUCCGGAGACCCUUCCCCACAGCAACCCCAACGUGGAGCUGGACACCGUCACAAUGAUUUCACUGGAUACUCUUGGCGAGGAAGACACGGAGAGUAUGAUGAUGCUGGAGCCCACAGAGGAUCCGGGAGCCGACGACGGGCGCUCCAUGGUGAUCGUGGGCCCUCAGGGGCCGUCCGGUCGGGAGUCCCCCGCCGCCCAUACGCCGAAGCGAGCGCCGCCGUCCUACAACACCCACGGUGGGCUGAGGAAGAGGAGGCGGGGAGCCAGCAGCCAACCCAAACCGCUACCCAACAAACCCCAGGACCUGCAGAUUCGUGUAAGAGUCAUUGAAGGACGACAGCUUCCUGGCAUCAACAUCAAACCUGUGGUGAAGAUAACGGUGGCCGGGCAGACCAAAAGAACUCGCAUCAGGAAGGGCAACAACCCGUUCUUUGACGAGACUUUCUUCAUGAACUUCUUUGAGACGCCAUCAGAUUUGUUUGACGAGCCAAUUUUCAUCACCGUGUGUGACUCUCGCUCACUGAGAACAGAUGCAGUGAUCGGAGAAUUCAAGUUGGAUGUGGGCACCGUCUACAAUGAGCACAGACACUGCUUCCUCAGGAAGUGGUUGCUGCUGUGCGACCCCGACGACCUCUCUGCUGGGGUCAAAGGUUACCUGAAGGUCAGCCUGUUCGUGUUGGCAGCCGGCGACGAGCCACCGGCCGAUAAACGUGAGUGUGUGGAAGAUAAAGAGGACAUAGAGGGAAACCUUCUGAGGCCAGCCGGUCUGUCUCUUAGAGGAGCGACAUUCACCUUGAGGAUCUUCAGAGCCGAAGAUCUGCCACAAAUGGACGAUGCCUUCAUGGACGGAAUGAGGCAGAUUCUCGGGUUUGAUAGCAACAGGAAGAAUCUGGUGGAUCCCAUGGUGGAGAUCCACUUCGCUGGCAAGACGGUCUGUACAAAGAUUCUGGAGAAAAAUGCCAACCCCCAGUGGAACCAGAGCCUGAGCAUGCCUAUUAGAUUUCCAUCCAUGUGUGAGAAGAUGAGGAUCAGAAUCCUGGACUGGGACAGAGCCAGUCACAACGACGUGAUCGGCACCACCCACCUCGGCAUGUCUAAGAUCUCCGCUCCCGGAGGAGAGAUAGACGAUGACUUGACUCCAAGGACCAUCCACUCUGGCAUGGAUGACAGUCUCGGUUUCCUUCCCACGUUCGGUCCUUGUUUCGUCAACCUGUACGGGAGCCCCCGAGAGUUCACCGCCUUCAACGACCCCCACGAAGCCUUGAACUUAGGAAAAGGGGAGGGCGUCGCGUACCGAGGCAGAGUUUUACUGGAACUCACCACGAAACUGGCGGAAAAACCAGAGCAGAGGACGGAGGACGUCUCCUCGGACGAUCUGCUGGUGGUGGAGAAGUUCCUCAGGAAGAGGAAGUUCUCCCUCUUUGUGGCGUUCUACUCGGCCACCCUCCUGCAGGACGUCGAUGACGCCAUCCAGUUCGAGGUCAGCAUCGGUAACUACGGCAACAAGUUCGACUACACCUGCCUCCCCCUGGCGUCCACCACGCAGUUCAGCCGGGCCGUGUUUGACGGCUGCCACUACUACUACCUCCCCUGGGGCAACGUGAAGCCGGUGGUGGUUCUGUCUUCGGAGUGGGAGGAUAUCAAACCGAGGAUCGAGGCUCUGAACAUGCUGCUGGCCAUCAUAGACAGACUGGAGGCUAACCUGCAGCGGGUGCAGCUGCAGGUAAAGGCAGGAAGUGACCUGGAGGAGGUGGAGCUCCGAGUGGUGGAGCUGUUGGAUCAGGUCAUCACUGACUGCAGCGAGCCGCUGCCCUCUCUGGACCAGUGGCAGUGUGCCACCGCCCUGGACCGCUCCCUGAGGCACAUCCGGACGCUGCACCUGCAGCAGAUCGUGGCGGCGGCGCUCGCCUUCAAACACGGGCCGGAAACCGAGCUGACCACGGUGAUGGAGCAGGCGGAGGACUGGGCCAGCAGGCUGAGGGCCAUGGCCGAGGAGCCUCAGAACAGUCUUCCAGACAUCGUGAUCUGGAUGCUGCAGGGAGACCGCCGGGUGGCGUACCACCGCAUCCCGGCUCACACCGUCCUCUUCUCCCAGGAGCAUUGUGGGAAACACUGCGGGCAGCUGCAGACCGCCUUCCUCAAGCACCCUCAGGGCAGUGGCGGAGAGGCCAAACUUCCCGGCCAGCUGAGGGUCAAAGUGUGGUUCGGACUCGCCGCGGACGCCAAACACUUCAACCAGUACGCCGAAGGGAAGCUGUCCGUGUUCGCAGAGACGUAUGAGAACCAGACGCGGCUCGCCCUGGUGGGCAGCUGGGGAACUACAGGUUUGACCUACCCCAAGUUCAGCGACGUCACCGGGAGGGUCAAACUCCCCAAAGAGAGCUUCAAACCGUCGCCCGGCUGGACCUGGGCCGGGGACUGGUACAUCAGCCCCGAGAAGACACUGCUGUUUGACGUGGACGCCGGUCACAUGACCUUCACGGAGGAAGUGUUUGAAAACCAGAUGAGGUUACCGGGCGGGCAGUGGAUCGGCAUGCCGGAGGGCUACACCGACGUGAACGGUGAGAAAGCGGUGCCUAAGGAUGAAGUGGAGUGUCCUCCAGGGUGGGUGUGGGAGGAGGUGGAGUGGAGCGAAGAUCUGAACCGGGCGGUGGACGAUCAAGGCUGGGAGUACGGCCUCACCAUUCCCCCGGACCGCCGUCCCAAGUCGUGGGUUCCUGCAGAGAAGAUGUACCACACCAACCGGCGCAGACGCUGGAUCCGGCUGAGACGCCGAGACCAGCAGAAGAUGGACGCGCUCAGAAAGCAGCGUCCCGAUGAGACGGAGCGGGAAGGCUGGGAGUACGCCUCCCUCUUCGGUUGGAAGUUUCACCUGAAGCCCAGGAAGACGGACAGCUUCAGGAGGCGGCGCUGGCGGUACCGCAUGGAGCCGCUGGAGAAGACGGGACCGGCGGCCAUCUUUGCCCUGGAGUGCUCUCUGAGCAGCAUCGAGGACCGCAGCGACGACAAGUCGGUCACAACCACAUUUGGAGUCAACAGGCCCACCAUCUCCUGCUUCUUUGACCGUGGAACUCGUUACCAUCUGCGCUGUUACCUGUAUCAAGCCAGAGACCUGCUGGCCAUGGACAAAGACAGCUUCUCCGACGCCUACGCCAUCGUUUCUUUCCUCCAUCAGUCCCAGAAAACGGUGACGGUGCGAAACACUCUGAACCCCACCUGGGACCAGACGCUCAUCUUCUACGAGGUGGAGAUUUUUGGCGACCCCGAGGUCACCGCCGCCUGCCCGCCCAACGUGGUGGUGGAGCUGUACGACUCGGACACUUACGGAGCUGAUGAGUUCAUGGGCCGGUGUGUGUGUCAGCCCUCCCUGACGCCCUCCCCCCGCCUGGCCUGGUUCCCCAUUCGCCUCGGAGACAAGCACGCCGGCGAGCUGCUCGCCGCCUUCGAGCUCAUACGCAGAGAAAAGCCUGCGAUUCACCAUAUUCCAGGUCAAGAGGGAGACAUCAUGACCUCCACCCACGUUCUGGACGAGUUGAUGUUUCCCGGAUUUCUGGCUGAGAAUCUACAACAAUGGCCGGAGGAGUCGGACCUCCCGUACCCGCCCCCUCAGAGAGAGCCCAACGUGUUCAUGGUACCCCAGGGGAUCAAACCCGCUCUGCAGAGGACGGCCAUCGAGGUCUUAGCGUGGGGUGUCCGGAACCUGAAGAGCUUCCAGCUGGCCAGCGUUACCUCCCCCAGCCUGCAGGUGGAGUGCGGGGGCGUCACCGUCCAGAGCUGCGUCAUCCGCAGCGUCAAGAAGAAGCCCAACUUCGACGUCAACACGCUGGUCCUUGAUGUGCGACUCCCCUGCGAGGAGCUCUACAUGCCCCCCAUCGUCAUCAAAGUCAUCGACAACCGUCAGUUCGGGAGGAAGCCGGUGGUGGGUCAGUGCACCAUCCGCUCGCUGGAGGAGUACCGGCGCUCCGAGGAGGAGGGCCGGGCCGCGGACGAGGAGGAGGCGGAGGAGGACGGAGGAUGGAGACGUGAAACGUCAAACCUGACUUCUGAUGAGGUUUUCAUCGACAUCGGUGACGAGGAGCCGCUUGUGUCUGACCAGUUUGCGGAUGGAACCUCUUCAGCUAUCAUUAACCUCUCAACCUCUAGCUCCAGCCUCCAUAUGCUCCAGUGGGAAGAAGAGUUCAUGGACUGGUGGAGUAAAUUCUACGCUUCGACCGGGGAGAAAAACAAGUGCGAGUCGUAUCUGGAGAGAGGCUACGACACUCUGAAGGUCUACAGUCAUGAGCUGGAGAAGGCUGAGGGUCUGGAGGGUCUCGCUGAUUUCUGUCAAACCUUCAAACUGUACAGAGGAAAGACUCAGGAUGAAGGCGAAGAUCCUUCGGUGGUCGGAGAGUUCAAGGGCAUGUUUAAGAUCUACCCGGUUCCCGACGACCCCACUGCCCCCGUUCCCCCCAGACACUUCAGGAAACUUCCUCCCAACGGCAUCGAGGAGUGUUUGGUCCGGGUCUACGUCAUCCAGGCUCAGGAUCUGCAGCCCAAAGACACCAACGGGAAGUGCGACCCCUAUGUGAAGAUCACUCUGGGGAAAAAGACCAUCAGUGACCAUGAAAACUACAUCCCCUGCACGCUGGAUCCCGUUUUUGGCAAGAUGUUUGCCCUCACCUGCUCCCUCCCUCUGGAGAAGGACCUUCGGGUGAUGCUGUACGACCACGACAUGCUCACCAAAGACGAGAAGAUCGGGGAGACGGUGAUCGACCUGGAGAACCGCUUCCUGUCCAAAUACGGCGCCAUGUGCGGACUGCCGCAGUCCUACUGCAUAUCGGGGGUGAACCAGUGGAGGGACCAGCUUACGCCGCGACAGCUCCUCUGCAGACUGUGCGAGCGACGAAACCUGCGAAAGCCGGUCUAUGAGAACGACACCGUGCGCUUCAGAGGAAAGCUUUACACCGCUGCAGACCUCGAGGACAAACACACGUCCAAGCGGCACCUCGGUCCGAUCAGGGAGCGCCUGGCCCUCCACAUUUUGAGGGAGGACAGCCUGGGACUGGUACCCGAGCACGUGGAGACCAGAGCGCUGUACAGUCCACUGCAGCCCGACAUCGAGCAGGGGCGUCUGGUGAUGUGGGUGGACAUCUUCCCCAAGUCCCUCGGACCACCCGGGCCACCUUUUAACGUCACGCCGCGCAGGGCCAAGAGAUUCUUCCUGCGCUGCAUCAUCUGGAACACCAGCGACGUCAUCCUGGACGACAUCAGCCUCAGCGGCGAGAGAAUGAGCGACAUCUACGUCAAAGGCUGGCUGGACGGACACGAGCACAACAAGCAGAAGACGGACGUCCACUACCGCUCGCUGGGCGGCGAGGGGAACUUCAACUACAGGUUCCUGUUCCCCUUCGACUACCUGCCUGCAGAGCAGCUGUGCGUCGUGGACAGGAAGGAACACUUCUGGAGUCUGGACAAGGCUGAGACUAAACUGGCUCCUAAACUCACCAUCCAGAUCUGGGACAACGACAAGUUCUCCUUCGACGAUUACCUGGGCCACCUGGUGAUGGACCUCAACCACAUGCUGCGUCCCGCCAAGUCUCCGGAGAAGUGCAGCCUGGAGCUGCUGAAGCAGCCGGCGGACAAACUGGUGUCGCUGUUCGAGCAGAAGACGGUCCGAGGCUGGUGGCCCUGCGCCUGCGAGCUCAACGGGGAGAAGACCAUCGCCGGGAAGGUGGAGAUGUCGCUGGAGAUCGUGACGGAGCAGGAGCAGGAGGAGCGGCCGGCCGGCCUCGGCAGGGACGAACCCAACAAACCCCACCUGGAGGAGCCGCAGCGUCCGGAGACGUCCUUCCUCUGGUUCUCCUCCCCCUUUAAGACCCUCAAGUUCAUCGUGUGGCGGCGUUUCAAGUGGCUCAUCAUCCUCUUCAUCAUCCUCUUCCUCCUCUUCCUGUUCCUCGGCGUCUUCCUCUACUCCUUCCCGAACUACGCCGCCAUGAAGAUGGUCGGACCUUUUGGACCAGCCAAGGCCGCACAGUGACGACGACGAUGACGAUGAUGAUGAUGAUGAAGAAGAAAAGUUGAAGGAACUGACAGAAUUAGAAACACUGUGAAGUUUCUGGAAGUGAACUCAGGCUGAAUCCUCUCUCUGUCUCUCUCUCUCUCUCUCCGUACGUCGUUAGCCUUUAGCUGUUCGUAGCGUCCAUCCGUGCCUUCGCCGCCGCCGCCGUUUGAAUAUCCUCGCCUCGCCAUCAGAUCUCAGCGUGCGCCUCGUCACCCGCCUUCGGCUCCUCUUUUCCCGCCUCACGCAGAGAAAAAGAGGAAUAAAAACUCUCAGAAUCGGCAGUUGUGAUGUGGAUCUUGCUUGAUCUUCUUUUUUUUUUUUUUUUUUCGCCCGCCUCCCGCCGUUUUCCCGGCGGGAGGCCGCGGCGCCGGAUUUUGCACCGUGAUUCACCGUGUCAAACUUUAAAAAAAAAACUGUGACGUUCGGAGAAAGGAAUGAAUUCGCCUUAUGUGCUCUUUUAAUUGCCUUUUACUGCCAAACGCUGCAUUUUUACUUUUUUAUUUUCUGUGCCUUGAAGUACAAU